CAUUGACCCCAGCAUUAAAUCAAAACGAAGUCUUUGCAGCUCCAUAACCGCACCGCGUGAUUCUGGUCAAGAAACCGCACCGCGUGAUUUGCUUUCUCUUUUUCUGUUUAAAAGUGUUGCUGCGCUCCAGGCUUGGAGCUGCAUUCAAGUUUCUGGCAAUAAGCAAGUCCAUCUUCUUCAAGAUCUCCAGCUUGUGCCCUUAAAAAGAGGAGAGGUAAUUAAUUAAGGAGGAGGAAGCUAAUUGAUUAACCAAGUUGAUCGUCGGACAUAUUGUUUCCUUGCUGUCUCUGAUUCUCGGUUUUAAUUGAGAUGGUCGAAUUGACGAGCCGUUGCGUUACGUAUGCGGAAGGAGUGGUGACAAUGUCGAGCACGUUGCUUCUGGCGAUCGUUUUCAAGGACAAGUGGAAAAGCAACCAAGGAGUAGACGAUGCUGAUGAUCACAUUCUAAUCGGUGUCCUCCUUGCUGCCGGUGCUACUCUCGUGAUCGGCAUCUGCCCUUCGCUUGCCUGCUCUGUCACCGAGAGAUUCCCCACGGCAUGCGCAAGGUGGCCGUCCGUGACCAGGGUUCUGGCUGCAACCUUAUCCACGGCUUGCCUCCUCGCCCUUGCUUGCUUCAUUUCACUCGCCGUCAUCCCCAAUCUAAUCGUGGGCUCUUAUGUUGGACUGGUGGUGCUUAUUUUCCUGGUUCGACUCUACGUGUGUUGUUGUCAGCCGGCACGGGAUGAAGAAGAAAACGCCCAUUGGCAACUCCGCAGAAGCGCCUCCUCCAGGGAAAGAGAAGCCAAGCAGAUCCGCACCAUAGUCGACAAGUCACACGAGUUCUUGUCCGGUGUCACAGGGAUACUCUUCAUCGGCUUGGAAGGCAUGGCAUUGGAAGGCAUUCGCAUGGCAUUUGAAGGCAUGGGAUCGGCCAAGAUAAAAAACGACAUGACAUUGCAAGGUCUGGUCAUUGCACACGGGGCUGCAGGCGUUCUGAAGUUGCACGUGGCGAUCAGCCUCUUGCUUUGCGUUAUUGGUGUCAUCCUCAUGUUCAUCCAGAUGAAUCUGAUCCCUCUUCAUGCGGAUGCGGGCACCAAGAAGUUCGUGUAUGUGGCCGACCUCGUCAUGACCAUUGGCACAGGCGUACUGCUGACGACCAUCAUGACGGCACUCAUGGGGGUUAAAGGGUUCUUGUUCUGGACCUCUCCAUGCAUAAUCUACAUGUUGGUGCUGUUUGGCGCCGACGACCAAGGCGAAGGAGACCAAGAAGCAGAGGAUAAACCAGCGGCGCCGCUGGGGCUGACCAAAGUCACCUUCACAGGAUUCUUCGUCGUGUCGAUAAAAGCCAUCAGCGGCGGUUCGCCCAGCGAGUGGAGUCAGUGGUUCCUGCUGUUCACGGCCUCAGCCAUUGCUUCAGGCGUGUUGUGGAGGCUCCUGACGCACGCGCCUAGCAAAAGCAUCUUGGGAAAGAAAGCUGCCGACGAGGCUGCCAACGUCGCUUCCUUCCUCACGCAUUUCUGCGUCGCAGUUGCUGCCGUCCUGUUCGCGGUCAGGGCCUGGGAAACUGUAACAACCAACAGGAACUGAUUGAACUACAGUGCGCCUGUAUGCACAUGUACACGUCAUAUCACUUGCAUUUGUUUUUCCUUUUUUUGGGUCGUUAUUCGUGUAUACAAACAAUAAUAGGUUCACGCUUCCCUUAUUAAUUGGGAUGCCUUUUUAAUUAGCAAUGUUGAAGUUUAAUUCAUCCAGUCUUUCAAAUCAGUUUUAAUA